CAGAUGGAAUGGAGGGCGCGAAACAUCAGAACCCCAACAAAUAUCUCAAACUUUGUUUGUUAAAUCGCUUGUGGCUGUGUUAUUUGUUCUUUCAACAAAUUCGAGGUGUGUCAUCUGCAAGAUGUAAGUCCUCGUGUCUCUCAUCUCAGGGUAAUUGGCAGGACUCCGUAUCAACGAAGGUAGACCCAGGCCUCAAUACAACUCUCAAUGGCUCGGCCAUUUCAAGAACACAACUAAUAGAAGCGGUGAAAGUUGUCUGUACCUCUCCCACGCCUGACAUUAUUCUUAAAGACAAGGAGAAGAAAAUGAAGUGCUGUUUUUCGGGACAGCCUACCCCUCAGCUGGUCCACUGGUACAGGAAUGGAGAAAAAGUCGUCAACGGAUCCAAAGGAAUUUAUGAGUAUCAGAGGAGUAGAGGAAAAUAUAUCGAAAGUACUCUUCUCCUCCCGCCUGGCCGAGGGGAACUGGAGGGAUUUUACGAAUGCAGUGCUACCAACCAGGAAUCUGACUGGUCGAGUAAUGCUUCUGAAAGAUUACAGGUUAAAUUUGAAUGUCCUAUUCAAAUUCUACAUCACCCAAUCAUUUCCGCAUCGAAAUUGAAAUUUUCUACUAUUAAGCUAACUUGCCUAUAUGAGCAGAAUGAGGAUUGUCCCCAUCAAAUAUUAUGGUAUCGAGAAGGAAAAGAAAAAAAGCUUUUGGAAAAAAGCGCAAAGUACCGAAUACAAGAAAAACAAGUUAAAAAUAAAUGUGAAGAAGUCUCCGUUUUGUCCAUUCUGAACGUUACUGAAAAUGACGAAGGAAAUUACAGCUGCAUUUGGACUUGCGAAUAUCACUCCAACUUAACAGCUUUCAUAGAUUUAAAACUCCCCCCUCCAGAGAAUCUUACAUGUUCAUUUUCAGAUCCACCAAUACUGAACACGACCAUUGCAAAUAAAUCAACUAAAUUCACAGCAAAGCCGUCGUCUCACUUCCCUUCUGGAGGUACAAAGAACUGGCUUCUACCAGUCAUCAUUAUUUCAGCAGCAACUCUCACUGUGAUCAUCAUGUCGUUGGUGCGACUUUUAGUCAAGAAAAAGAGUUCGUCAACUUUUAAAUUGGGAAAAUAUGGCUUAAAGGAAGCAGCCACCCUAAAUCGACUGUUUAUCAGCUUCAGUUCAAAAGAUUUGGCGUGGACUAAUGAGAACCUCAUUUCAAUUUUUGAGAAGCACUCGAUAGCUUACAGCAUUCAUAGCCGGGACUUUGAGCUUGGAAAGCCGAUAGUCCAAAACAUGGCGGACAAUGUGUAUGGCAGCCGUCAGGUUUUGAUCGUUUUAUCCCAGAAUUACCUUGCCAGUAAUUUCUGCCGGGAGGAGCUGCACAUGGCUGUCCAGAGGGGAAUAGACUCGGGAGAUUCGUCGCUAAUUCUUGUGAUGAUUAACAACUUGAAGAAAAAGCAACUACCGGCUGCUCUGAGAAAUAAAAAAAUGUUGGACUUUGACAAACAUAAGAAGAAACAAGAUUGGGAGGAGAAAAUACUGAGCGAAAUAGUCGACGGCCAAGGUCAAGCUGCCGACUCGUACACUUCUAGGUUCUAAAGAGUACUGGAUGAUUAUUCAAGACUGGAUCGAGCUAGCUGGUUCAUAGAAUACAAAUUUUUUGGUUGGCUUGACUUUUUAAAAAACGUUUCCUUCAUGUCAAGGGAAGUCGCACUACCGACAUGAGAAAGAGGCAAUUUGGCCUUACAUCACAUAGGGGUUUCAAAUUGCGUGACAAGUCAUUUAGGACGAGUUAAGUUAAGGUGUCUGGUGGGUUCCUUGGCAGGGACUAGACACUUAUGUCAGGCCAGGGCAAUUGCAUUGGAGCUUAUGUAUUCUAAAUUUCACUCCAAAUGAUUUGAGUACUUCAUAAUGAUAGACAUUAUUUUGAGUAUUGCACUUCUACUCUUAGAUUCAACUUGCUGCAUUGCUUGGCUAUAACUGACGAGCUAUUAGCCAAUGGGUAUGCUGACAUUUGUGCAUGUAUAUUAUUAGAGAACGAAAUCACACGAUUUCGGGUGCUAUUCGGAGGAGUAAAAUAUUUUCAUAAAGGCCAAAAAAAUUGCCUGAGAUGGAAGGAAAGUCGAGUGCAGUUUGUCACGGUGUUUGAAAAAUUCAGGAAUACUGUUUGUUCUCCAUUAUGCAAGAACUGGUAAUCUCUUGUCAAAAACCUAUCGUUUACUGUACAGGUAAACCCGUGGUUAUUUUAUAAAAGCAAUAGACUGGGCUAUCCAUCGGUUUAUUGGUGUAAUAACCAGCGCAGGAUUUUGGUUGGAAUCAAGAAAGAAGGUGUUUAUCUCUUGUCUUAUGAUCGAAUGCUUACAGGCGACAAUGUAUAGAAAAGAUUGCGCCAGUUUCCAGCAGUUGUACUGAUAUUCGGUAACAGUAGGGGGAAAAUGAAGAUAAAAUCUGGAAGCGUCGCAGUAAUUUGCACGCCCAAACGAGCCAAUAUACGAGAGAUGUUCUCUAAGUUUUCAAAGCGAA